AUCAUUGAUCAACGAGAGUCAAUUGAAUCAAUCAAGCUCAACGAACUCAACACAGUUGAAUCUGUGUGAGCUUAGAUCUCUCAGAUCUGGCUUGGAAGCUCAACACAUCUUAGAUCUGUUCGCAGAAGUGCAGUGCAGGGUCAUGGAGCUGGACAUGCAGGGCACGUCGAUGGUGAUGUGGUCUUUGGCUUUGCUGUCGUCAACCUUCCCGUCAGUGGUUCCGUCAACGCAGCCCCUCUUCGAUCUCUUGGCGACUUGCGCUUCUACCAAAUUGCCAGAGUUCAGCACGCAAGGUAUAGCAAAUAUGCUUUGGUCCUGUGCAGUGCUUGACAAGGACCCGAUGCCAUUGAUGCUGGCCGUCCAGCAGAAGCCUGCUGUAUCGCUUGUUUCGUUUGCUUCAACUCAAGCAGCUGCCAAUAUUGUAUGGGCGAUGGCUCGCCUGUCGAGGGCGGGAUCACCACUUCAAGAGGAAGCAGCCAGAGUGGCUGCUCAAAAAUCACGAGAACUCCAACCAGAAGAAGCAGCAGCUAUUGUUUGGGCUGUUGCAGUCCAGUCUCAUUCGCUUCAACCACAUGCGGAGUGCGCACUCCGCUCAAUCGUGGAGCAGGCCGCAUCAAGUUUGUCUUCGAAACCAUUGGCUGCAUGCGCAUGGUCUUUGGCGACCAUUUUGAUUUGCGAAACCCAACUUUGGGUUCAAGUUGAGACUGCAGCUGUUUCCAUCUUGGAGCGUCCCAAAGGCUUCAACACGCAGGAGUUGGCAAACCUUUUCUGGGCCUUUGCGACUUCACCUUUCGCGAGCUCAUCGGCGCCUAGCAUGUGGAAGGCCCUUGCCAAUGACGCCUUCCGUCAGAAGGAGGAGUUUUCCGCCGUUGAGCUGGCUGCUGUCUCUUGGGCCAUGGCAGCCAAGCGAUUUGUUUGGCCUAUUUGGUCCUCUGUUGUGCCAACGGCUACGUGUUUAACCUUAAACCUUCGUGGGCUGGCAUCACUUGCAUGGUCAUGGGCAACCUUGAAUUUUGAAACCGACAGUUUUCUCUGCUCAGUUGCCCAGCAAGCUCUCCAUCUUAUGGAAACAUACUGGAAGGCAUUGCCUCGUCUGCCAGAGACACCUCAAGGUCUGCAACCUAACAGAGCACUGAUUCAGAAGGAGCUAACCAACCCCUUGCUCCAGUUGACUUGGUCAUUUGCGUUUGCCAAGGUGGAAGCAUUGGAUGAUGUGGCUGUGAAGCAGCUGUUCUGUUCAGCCUUGAAGCUAUUGCAGCAAGUUGGACGGUAUUGGGAUGAGGCAAACCCAGAGGCGCUACUUCCUCAAUGCCGAGUUCCACAUAUUGGUGACUGGGAUGUUCCCAAGACGCUACUCAUAUCCGAAGGAGUUGUUUUUCUUCACAAACCUCCCGGAUGGGAGGUUGAUGGAGGGGCUGAUGCAGGUGUUCCGCAGCGGCCAGAUGGCCCCCUCAAGCUGUCGACAUACCUGCGACAGUGUUUUCCAGGAAGGCCAGUAUUGGAUGACUUAACUUGUGGACGAGGAUUUCUAGGGCGCUUGGACGUGCCUUCUGGCGGUAUUGUAGCCGCUGCUUUAUCAUACAAGGCCUACUUCACCCUCAGAAUGCAGCAGGAGACCCUUGAUGUAGAGCGGGAGUAUGUCGUCCUUUGCCACGGGCAGAUCAAGAAUGAAUUGAAGGUCACUGCACCAAUCCGAGCCGUACCUGGUUUUGGCAGCUGGGUGUCUGCAGAUGGUCUGCCAGCAGAAAGCCAUUUGCUUCCCUGUGCAUGGCUUCGAGGACCGCAUGGUGCUUUUACGCUGCUGCUAGUAUCAAUUGUCACUGGCCGCAAGCAUCAAAUCCGAGUUCAUCUUGCGCAGCACGGGCAUCCAGUUGUGAAUGACGGCAGGUAUUCAUCGCAAAACGUGUCAGACAACCAGUGGUGUCCGCGUCAGUUCCUGUUCCGCUAUCGGCUGGCUAUGCCUUGGCCUGACAAAGGAAUGUUAGAGGCCACCUCCAUUCUGCCUCCUGAUCUGCGGAAGGUUUUGACCAGCUUGGAAGCUGUAGAAGCAUCGGGUCUGCCUUCAUCCGAUGUCCUGCAGCAUUGGGUCUCUGCAGCACAGCCUCUGUCUUUUAGCACCUGGCGUCAAAACUUGCGACAAAACAAACCUGCUCCUGCUCCAGCAGCCUCCAGUGAUUUUCUGAUCUCCAAACACACACGCCAAAUCUUUGCUUGUGGUAUUCAAGCUGGCAGGCUUUGUCGCAAAAUACUCUUCUUCGGGUGUCAACAAAAAAAAUAUAAUAUAAUAUAA